AUGACUGUAGAAACGGAUGUUUACGACGUUAUAGUCGUCGGGGCCGGCGCCGCAGGCUGCGUAAUUGCCUCACGUCUGUCCGAGACACCAACACUACGAGUUCUUUUGCUUGAGGCCGGCCCUGACCAUACCAAUGACCCGAAAGUUACUAGUCCAAUGCUCAGUCGGCAAAUGUUUGGCGAUCCAAGCUAUGACUGGGACUAUCAUACGAUCCCGCAAAAACACGCCGACAACCGGGCUUUUAUCCAGACGCGAGGACGAAUGCUUGGCGGUAGCUCAGCCAUUAAUUCCCACAGUCUCGUAUUUCCUAGUCGUGCGAUGCACGAUGCUUGGGCUGAUAUAGCAGGAAAUAAUACCUGGGCUUGGGACGAGAUGGAACCCUUUUAUGAAAAGUUCCAGACCGUUCAGGCGCCGAAUCAGAGCGACACACAGUCAGCGCCGUCAAUCAAUGGCCCAAUCAAGGCUUCUUUCACGCAGCGACGUACCGAGUUGGGAGCGACUUGGAAAGAAGCAUUUGAAGCCCUGGGCUGCUUCUAUCUGGGAUAUGCAUCUGAUGGUAACGCUAUCGGUGGCACAAUCACGACAAACGCAAUCGAUGGGAGACCUGGCAAGUGUGAACGAAGCCACGCAGGAAAGGAGUACUUGGAAGCGGCUCGUGGGCGUGAAAAUAUCACUAUUCUCCCCAAUACACUUGUCAAAAAGAUCAUCUUUGAUUAUGUAUCUGGAUCAGACACCAAGCCAACGGCAACUGGAGUAUUGGUUGAAAAGGAUGGCAAGCCAACUAUCCUUCAAGCUAAGCAGGAAAUUGUGCUUUGCACCGGAGCCUUUGGUAGUCCACAGAUUCUUGAACUUUCCGGUAUAGGAAAUAAGGAUAUACUGGAACAGGCUGGAGUGGAGUGUAUAGUACACCUCCCAGCUGUAGGAGAAAACUUGCAGGAUCACAUCAACUUUGGACCUAGCGUCGAGAUCAAAUCGCACAUUGAAACAUUUGAUGUACUCAGCCAGAGUCAGUCAACAGCAGAGGCUGCUCAAGCAGAGUAUGAGAGCCAUCGCACCGGCAUAUUAUCCGAAGGGCCAGCGUAUCAUUACGCAUAUUGGCCACUUCAAUUACUUGAAACGCCAGAAGAGGGCGUCGAAAUGGAACGAUUGGUGGGUGAGCUUAAAACCAGUGCAAAUCCCCUAGAACAGGCCAGAUUCGACUUCAACAAGAAGAUGCUUCGCUCGCCUGUGGAAGCCAGCGCAACCAUGGCCAUGAUACCAACCCUACGCUACAAAGAGCCAGGAGCGCCCGUCUCUGGUCGUUACUUGACAUUUCUAUCGAUGCUGUCCCAUCCAUUCAGCACAGGUUCGUCGCACAUUACUUGCAACGAUGAAGCGUCCCAUCCGCGCAUUGAUAUGAAUUUCUUGUCACAUCCCCUUGACACGGAGAUUCUAGUAAAGCACACACUUCAGACCCAAAGAUUUCUCGCACGACCGCGAUUCGCCCAGAUUCUUGAGGCUGGUGGAAAGUGGUUCCCUGGCAAUAUGGCGCCUGAGGAACUAUCUAGCGAGGAAAUCAGGACGAUUAUCAGAAAGUAUAGCGCCACAAACUAUCAUCCAUGCGGAACCUGUGUGAUGGCAAGGUCAGAUCUCGGCGGCGUUGUUGAUGCUAAUCUGGCCGUCCACGGCGUCGAUGGCCUGCGGAUUUGCGAUGCUAGUAUCUUUCCUAUUAUCCCUAGAGGCAAUAUUCUAACGACUGUCUAUGCCGUAGCGGAAAGAGGGGCAGAUCUUAUAAGGGAAGAGAUGGUCGGGGCUAUUGCCAGGGACUAG